AUGACAUCAAGACAAAAUUAUACAGAUAAAGAUACCUUUUUCGUUUUUUCCUGUGAAAGUAUUAAAAUUGAAGUCUUACAUUAUCCUACCAUUAAGAUAAUUUCGAAUUAUCCACCAAUUCUAUUCAUACAUGGAUUAACUAAUUCGGCUUGGGCUUGGGAUAAUUUUUGUCGCUGGUUCUCGAAUCAAGGACAUGAUUCUUUCGAGGAUAUGGACAAAGUACCAAAACACCAAAAAAAGAUAAAUGAUAUUACAAUUGAUGUAUCAGCCGUAACUGAUGCAAUAAUUGCUAGGACCGGAGAUAAACCCAUUCUCGUUGGGUGA